GGAUCGCGGGCGCCACAGCUGAUCGGUGCAAUGACCGAGUGGAGAUACGGUCUCGAUAGUCGUGGGGUCUGCGGCGGAUUUCAUCCAACAGGCUGGCGUUGAGAGCAUGGUGGAAGAAGUCAGUGACGUGUUCAAAACUGGGUCGAUUGUAACUGUACGGGGGUAAUGGAUCGUAGCGCGCCAUGCUGGACAAGGCGCCCGCUUGGCCGAGAGAGGACAACAUUUGACUGAGCCUGUGAACCUGACUGGCAUUGGGCUUCUCUCUGCGGCUGCCGCCAUGUCUGUGCUGCAGAAGGAGCAUCCCCUCAAGACUAUUGGUGGCAACCGGCUGCUGGCCGCCUAUGGCAGCCUCUCCCUCAGACCCAGCACAGGGAAGCGCAAGUCGGCCGUGGAGAUGCUGCAGGAGACCAAGGCGUUUUACGUCAAGUCGGAGCGCGUGCUAGACGCCAAGCAGGAGAUGAAGCACGCCGACCACCUGCAGGUGUCGGCGGCGCCGCUGGUGCGGCCACCGUGGGUACGCCACCUGAGCGACCCGGCUCAGGCGUCGCCGCCGCCGCCGCCCGAGCGUCCGCCACGCUCCACGCCGGAGAAGCCUCCACCGCUGCCCCUCAGGUCUCCGAGCGGAGGCGUCGGUGGCAGCGGCGGCCAGCCCCGCUCGUUGGUGACCCCCUCCGCGACGCCCAGCCGCGGCAGUCGGGAGUGA